GAGGGGACAGCUCCAGUGCUGAUCUUAGAGCCGGUCAGGAAGCAGAAGGCGAGAGUGUGCGGAACCUGAGCUGUCAUUUUUAUUUUUAUUUUCCUUUUAUUCAGGAGGGAAUCCCGAACGGGGAAUUGUCUUUUUGUUUCCAGCUGUGCAACCCACUCCCCCUCCCCCCUCACAUAAAUAAGACAAAGGAAGAGCCAGAAAGACCAUGAGACACGAAGCUCCCAUGCAGAUGGCGUCUGUACAAGAUACCAGAUAUGGACAAAAAGACACGUCUGAUCAGAACUUUGAUUAUAUGUUCAAGCUGCUCAUUAUUGGCAACAGCAGCGUUGGGAAAACAUCCUUCUUGUUCCGCUAUGCCGACGACUCCUUUACUUCUGCCUUUGUGAGCACCGUCGGCAUCGAUUUCAAGGUCAAAACUGUCUUCAAAAAUGAGAAAAGAAUUAAACUCCAAAUCUGGGACACAGCCGGGCAGGAGAGAUAUCGCACAAUUACUACUGCCUAUUACAGAGGGGCAAUGGGAUUUAUCUUAAUGUAUGACAUUACCAAUGAGGAGUCCUUUAAUGCAGUACAGGACUGGUCAACUCAGAUCAAAACCUACUCCUGGGACAAUGCCCAAGUUAUAUUGGUUGGAAACAAAUGCGACAUGGAAGAUGAAAGAGUCAUUUCAGCUGAAAGAGGAAAACACCUGGCAGAGCAACUUGGUUUUGAGUUCUUUGAAGCAAGCGCUAAAGAUAACAUCAACGUGAAGCAAACGUUUGAGCGGCUGGUGGAUAUCAUUUGUGAUAAAAUGUCAGAGAAUAUUGAAACAGACGCAGCAGCUACGGCUGCGAAACAGACCACAAGACUAACAGACAAGGCACCACCACAGCAACCCAACUGCGGAUGUUAAUAAUCUCAUCCAUCAGUGUGUUCAAUUUCCAAUAAGUAUUUAAAAACAAAAACAAAAAAAAAAUAAAGAUAAAAAAGGUCCAUAAGCUUUCCCUUUCUACUGCCUUCAUAUCUACUUGAAAAAAAUGAGAACAGAGCUCUUAUUUUAUAUAGUAAGCUGAUGAUGGCCAGAAGGAGGCUGCUAUAUAGUGGAAUGGCAAGCUUAAGGCACGUUGCCUUUUGUUGGCUUUCAAGUUCAGCAACAGAUGGAAAGCUACAAGUUAAACCAGGCACGGGCAACUGAAGAUACCCCUGAUGUUGCUGAGCUACAAUUCUCAACAUCCCACUGAUUCUUCAACAUCUGAAGUUCCUUCAGUUGACCAUCCCUGAGUAGACAUUGUUGUUUAAACAAAUGUCCUUCAUUCCAGCUGUUGCAGAAAUGGCUUUGUGCACUCUAAAUACCAGUGUGCUUUUUAUGAGGCGAGUGUUCCCAUUAAUAUACCAUGGGCUACAUUAUGAUCCACACAAUGCUGAUAUUAUAUCUUUUCUUUUUUCCACUUCAAAGUCUCCUGAUUGGCUCUGUCUCCUGUACAUUUUCUGCAGCCUUUCUAGAGCUUCUCUCCUUCAUCAAACAGUAACCAAUUGUUUCCCUAUAGAAUAUUUAAUAAAAAGUAAAAUUAUUAUUAGUUCAUCCCCCUCUGAGUGAAUGUCAAUGUGAUAAAUCAGUAGUAUUAUUCAGCUUCUUUUUAGGCAAGUAUCUCAAGCCCUUUGGGGUUUUUUGGAUGUUGCUGCUGUUUUGUAGUUGUUUCAGUGGCUUACAGCCUCAGGCAAGCCUCAUAUUGCCAUUAUGAGUGAUACAAGCAGGGCUGCCAUCAGGGGAUACUACAGUCAGGGGCAGAGAGGAUCCCAAGAGAAGUAAAGGUAUUAUUCACAGUCAGUCAUGGAGAAACUUGUGGGAAGUAGGCAGGGUUUGGGUAGGUCAUGGGCAGGGUUUUGGCAUGAUGGGGCAUGACUGAGGUGGAGCAGGGUGUGGUCAUACAUGCUGGAGCCAUUUGUGUGUUUUUAUUAGGGCCCUGUCCUAGUUUUUGGCGGGGCUUUACAGCUAGAGGCCUAGUAAUUGGGCCCUCUCUAAAGGGCAUAUCCAAAUGGGAUUUUCAGUCUCACCCAUUCCAACAAUGCCUUUCAGUUUUACGUUUGGGCCUCGGUUGCUAGACGUGCAAAUGCUUUAUAUUCUGUAGCUGAUGAAAAAGAGACUAAUUGCCAAACCGUUAGUCACAGAAGUGUUCUGCAUACAGGGAGGGCUGCUGUGCAAAGAUGUUAGCGGCUAAUAUUAUUGCAAAAAAUAUUUAUUUUGGUGCCAAAAGGUUCCCAGAUUGUGCAGGUUUAAGGUUCAUGUGUAAAGUGUUAUUCCCUUAUACGGCAGUUUCUUAUCCCUAAACAUACGUUGCCAUGUUAUUAUUGUAAAAGUAAAUUAUGAAGCCAAUGUAUGAAGUCAUGUGAUCAAUGUUGGUCCAGACUGGAGGUUCCUUUUAAUGGUUUUGGGUAAAUGCCUGAUCCGUUGCUAAGUACUGUAUUUGGAAAUAACGAUUGCAGUGUAUUGCUAUCUGUUAUAUUUUGUAUUGUUAUUAAAUCUGCAGUACAACGUACAGGGGCAUGUUUGCCCCAACUCCACCUUAGCUUGGCAUUGCCUACGUAAACAUUUUGGGGGAUAUUUUGAACAUUUUCUACACUCAUUAUUCGCUAACCCCCUUUGUAGUAAAAGGCAGUAAACCUGUUCAGGAGCAGUAACCCAUAGCAGCCAAUAACAUGUUUGCUUGUGGUGACCAGUGAAUGCUACCCGCUGAUUGGUUGCUAUAGGUUACUGCACCUGGGCAAACUUAGUGCCUUUUGUUACAUUACCCUGUAAGGGUUUUGUUCUAUGUAGCAGGUUAUAGUAAUGGAUAUGGGGCUUCAGUUCUGGCAAUGGAGGGAAACAAACAGUUACGGUUAUUUAAGUUUUCAUAAAAGAUGACACAAUGCGCAAUUGAACUAAGUUUAGCCAGCCAUGGGACACACGGUGAUGAAUUUCCCCACAACAUUUUCCUCUUUUGGCCACUAAUUUUUCAUACAAGUGAAACACAGCAAGGUUAUUAAGCAGCUUUGUGCCUCUUAUCUACCAUCAAAGCUGAUUGUCUCCAGCUUGCUGGCUCCCUUGCGCGAGGGAAGUUUCCUAGGACAUGGUGGGGCUGAAGAUAUGAGAAAUCCUAUUAUUUCUGGUAGAAGCAGAAAAAGAUAAGGCUGGGUAUGUAAAUAACUUCCAGUUCAAAUAAGAAGAAAAAGUUUUGGCAUUUUCAUAACUUUGGUGUUUUCUUUAAUAUUUUAUGUGAUUUUGGAGGAAGCGUCCAGUUGAAGCUGUAAAAAGUAGCAGCAUUUUCUGCUUGUUCUGUAUAGUUCUGUAUAGUGAUGGGCGAAAUGUUUCACCAGGCAUGGAUUUGAGGUGAAUUUCCGCAUUUUGCUACUGGCGGAUUUUUUCACGAAACGCAUGAAAAAAAUUGGCGCGUGUCCAAAAAUCGCCCGUGUCAAAAGAAUUGUUGUGGGCAUCAAAAAAGUUGUCGCACGUAAAAAGAAUUGUCACCCACGCCAAAAGAAUUGUCAGGUGUCAAAAGAAUUUUUUUGACACCCAACAUUUUCGCCGUUUCGCGAAUCAUUUGAAAGAUUCGCAAAUUUUUCAGCGAAGCGAAAUGGGACAGAUUAGCUCAUCACUAGUUCUGUAUAGUAUAUAACACUGGUACAUUAAGUUAGCCAUAUAAAUUAUCAUCCCAAUAAAUUUUGUACCAUGGCGAUCGUUGUUUAGUCGGUCGGACAGGUUAGAAAACUUCAGUUGGAUAAGGAUGUUAAAAUCUGUAUGUAUUGUGUAUCUGCCGAUAUCCUUGGGGGACCUACAAUGCGUUUCUAGGAAGUCACUUUCGUAUGAUUGGUCCUUUAUCCUACAAUUUCAAACUUUUAUAUCAUUUCUUUAAAAUUUAUGAUCAAUAUCCAAACGUAGUUUGGAAGAAGACUAAAAUCUGAACGUGUGUGGCUUAAAGCUGAUCCACCAUGGUGAUUAGAGUCUGCUGGCGGAGAUUUUGUUUCAGAUAUAAUUCCAUAGAAUCUAUUUGGAAUGUAAAAAAACAUAAGGGGAGAAAGGAAUUUCCCCAGAGCUAGUGAAGAACCACCAUCUUGGCUCACCCUUUUCUAGAUGGUGACCUUCCCUUUGAUAUAUUCUUACCAAGAUAUUGCAGUAAAUUACUAUGACAGAGGCUGCUUAGGGAUUUUGCAUAAAGCAUAAUGUAUUUCUAUGGUACCUGUGCAUGUUGUACAGCCUGUGUUUCUAUGGUUAUGUGAUAUAACAGAAAUGAUCUGCUAUUAUUUAUUGGAUUCUUUAGUGAUAUCCCCAUCAGCAUUACACCACUCACACACUGCAUAUUUGUUGUGCAUGACUUUGUGAGCUCUGGCUCAUUAAUAGAAGGGAAAAAAUGUGUUUUUUUUCUGAUUAGAAAUUCUCUAUUUGUUAUGAAUGGUUUCACCCCAAAAAGAGUGAUCUGACUGCAGCACACAGUAAUUACAUUAAGUCUCAAAUAAGAAAACACUGUGACUUGGUUUCCUCUUGGUCAUUUACUUUAAUCAUUUAGUCUUUUCUUCUGGGAAUACAUUUCCCUACAUUGUGACCAUUUCCCCCCUUUUCAUCAACUAUGUUACAGCAAUUCUAAUGCAGGCCCCAUACUAGUCAAUUCAUUCAUAUAUUGUUACUAUCUAGUGGGCUGGUGUGCCUCGGUGUACUUGGAAUGCCAGGGACUAUUGUGAUUCCCAGUCCAGAUCUCCCGGUAUCUGAUCCUAACCCACUAAAUGUUGCCAUUGUAGGACCCACACCCAACUUGUACAUGUGUCUUGCUGCUCUUUACCCUACUUCUGUGCAUCUCUGGUUCCAAGACAGGGAAUCUUCACAAGCAGAGGAGGAGUGUUCUUCCCCUGUCUGACCUGCUUCCAUCCCUAACCAACAAUGGUCGCCCCAACUUUCAGCCCAACCCAUGGUCCAGCAUUUUGGGUCAACCCUUACAUCACUACUCCAAAUUCCUCCUUGAGUUAUAUGUACUCAAAUGAUCAGAUAUUGGGGGUUACCUAAAGAGCAAGUUCCCAAAACAGCAAGCGAAUUUGGUGCAGAUAUAAAGCAGGUUAUUGCCAGUAGGUACUACAGUUGAAUUAGUGAACAUACAACAACCAGAUGGAAUAUAAAUGCUAGCGAUAUCAUCAAUACCAGCAUGUAAUGGGCUGAGUUUGUAAUUGAAACAUUUUCACUUGAUAAAUGUAGACACGUUCGCCUAUGCGCUGAUUUAAUGCUGCUAAUAUAUCAAAUUCCGCCCUACUUUGAGUAAGGAAGACACUGGGACCAAGGCUUGUAUGGUAGGGUUUCUUGUAUGGUUGUUCUGACAUAGAUAAAUUGAAGAACCUGGCACAGAUAAUAUCCCCACAUGCAAUUACCCUUAUAAAAUCAUGGGAAAGACCUGCAACAAGACACCACUAUAUAUUUAGCAACUAUAAAUAGAAAAAUAAAGAAAGAAGAUUUAGUGGGUCUUAGUCUAAAGCAACAUGGGACACUAAUAAUCUCCCAAAAGAUACAACACGUGCUUAAUCGUGUCAGACACUCGUGGGACGUGCAGCAUACUGUAUGGGGAAACUGAUUGGCUGUAGAGGGCUGGCUAAUAGACUGUUUCUCUUAAAUCUCAAGGCUUUGGAGAUAACCAAGUUAUUCACUCAUUCACAUCCUUUGCAAGCACUGAAUUGUAAUUGAGUCAGUUCUUUAUACAAAAGCAUAGUACAACAUUAAUGCAUCAUUGCGUGCAACACGAAGCCUUGGGUAGCCACUAGCCAGGGCCUCAAUAAGGGGAGUAAAAAUCAUUACAAAUGCUACAUGAGAUCAGCUUAUGCCGCUUUGCUCACUUUCCCAGUUGUUUGUCCUUAGGACCACAUGGCAUUGGGAUACUUUAACCAUAUUCAUGGGGGUGGCUAAAUCACUAACUGAAUGUUUUUAGUCAUAAAAUAUUCAAAAGUUUAAUUUCUGUACAGCACCUAGUACCUCCCUGAUGCUUCACGCAUUUUCAAUCCCCGUAUUGUUCAAUGAGCGCCCCCCUCAUCUGUUUUCAGCAGAAUAUCAUUUGCAUGUUAUUGGUAGAGAAAACUGUGUUUUAUAGACAUUUCAAAGUAUCUUUGGAUCUAUGCACACUUACUGUCAGUACCAGGAGGAUGAAGACGUAUCUCAUACUGGGCCCAAGUGGGACUUUCAGCUAAGGGAAGCCAUGCAGGUCUUUUGCAGCUUUACUAUCUAUCACAAGCUCUGAUGUUAUUCAUGGAACUGUUUGAAGCUCAGCCCUGCUGAAGGAUACCCUAUGGCUGUCCCAAUGAGCCAUGUUUCCUUCUUCUUCUUUAAACCAAUAGGCUACUUGUUCCAAGGCAAUAGCUGCAGUAAUGGUUACAGUGUUUAUCCUUUGUUUCCAAUUCUCUAUAGUAUUGUGUCAGUCUGUACAAUUGUGUCUGUGUAUGGGUGUAGUUAGGUCUUUUUGGCUUCUGCGAUGUGUUCGGUGUUGCAUGAUUCAAUGUAUAUGUGUAUUUGUGUGUAGAUAUACAUGCACACGGAUAUAGUAUAUAUUUAUAUAUGAAUAACCUCUCGUAUGAGAGACUUUGGGCCAAUAAGUGCAAUAUUUGGUGACCUAUUCAGUGUAUAUAGAGACAGAGUGGAGGUGUUUUCAUGUGCCUAUCAUAUUUAGUCGAGGAUGUGAGGGUGACUGGGGUAAGAGCAUUAUUCUCUCAUACAGAGAGACGCAAACGAGCGAGUAAGUAAUAGUGGGAGAGAGUGGCGUAGUAUUAGAAGUAUUAGAAGCACUGAGAGAAAUUAGAUAUUUAAAUGGAUUUAAGUGUUUAUGAAAUAUUUGCCGAAAUAUAUUUGUAUAUUAUAAAUAUCCUUAGAAAUAUACAUCAACUACUAGCAGAAACAAUCAAUGUACAGAUAAAGAGAUACAAUUAUAUAAUAAACAGAAUACAAAAUAAAAUGACCCAGCAUACAUUGGUUUUGUUGCAAAUCCAUUAGCCCUACUUGGUGUGUAGAGUAGGGGAGAUUUCCCACGCUGCUCAGUAGUGACGCAGAAUGCACUAACAAGAAAGCAUAGACUGUUCCUUAGAGAGAUGGCUUCGGGAGAGUAAUGACAUAGACUUGAAAAUGACAUUAUGUUUUGGGGUUCUGUGCCAGCCCUUUAGCUGGGUCUAUAAAGAUGCCCCCAGUAGCUCCGCAUCUUUUUCUCUAUGGUUUCUGUUCUGCUGUCACUUACAAGGCUAAUUAAUCAUUAAUUCAGAUCCUCGUUACAUGGCAGCUCCGAAAGCAGUGCAGUCUGCUUCACAAUGUAAUAAUCAGCCCUGUAGCAUCAGCUUCUAUUUUCCGCUUGAUGAUUUCUGACAACUGGGGAUGAGUAGGAUACAGAUUUGCGGCAACAUUUGCAUUUUCGCAAGUGACAAAUAUUUUCACAAAUCCCCAUUCCCAUUCAUUUCCGCGCCACUCACAAAAUGGCCUCACAAAAUCCAAGAUGGGGAGCUCCUGUGGACAUCUUUUAACGCCUGGGUUAUUGCUGUUAUAGAGAUGCUGAGUCACAGCUGGAUAAGAGAAAACACCCAUUGACUCCAAUGCAUUUGGCACAAGAAAAAAAAGACCAUUGACACUAACGCAUCAGGCAAAUUUUUGGCAAAACUUUGAAGGUCUAGAUCAUUACUGGUAGGGCUGCAGAACCUCUCUGCUGGUACAGGAAGCUUAGUUCUAACUCUAGCUUUAGAGGCAACCAUGUUUAUUACUAAACUUAACAUUCAAGGUUCUGCCCAUUAUAAUUUGGGCCCCACAUGCUGCUCAGAUAUAAUAUAAAUGUAAAUAUUCAGCAUAAAUGUUCUAUACUGUAGCAUCAGGUAGAUGUAAUUGUUGAUUAUGAUACCUAGAUGAUGAAAGGGUUGAAUGUAGGGAUGCACCAAAUCCAGUUUUUGGGUUCGGCCAAAUCUACCGCAAGGGAUUUGGCCGAAUACUGAACCAAAUCCUAAUUAGGAUUUGGAAGGGUUAAAAUUUUCCACUUCCGUGUUAACAUGACAAAAAGUCAUUUGAUUUUUAGGAUUCACAUUCGGUUCACCCAGGAGCAUGGAUUCAUCCAAAUCCUGCCGAAAAAGGCUGAAUCCUGGCCAAAUACCAAACCGAAUCCUAGAUUCAGUGCAUCCCACAGAGCCAAACCCGUCAUGUACUGAUCUAUAAGGUGGGCUGUUCCAAAAUACAACUGCCAAAUGAAGCCUGGUUGUUUUGUGAGUAGCCAUGCAGUAAUAUAUAGUAUCAAUAAAGUAUAUUUGUAGGUAUAAAUAUAGUAUUUUGACUACUAAGGACCUGCCCCCUUCCCCCCCCCAAAUGGAUUUCUUGGUAUGUCUACUUUUACUGUCCCUCCCAUUUCAUUCAACCUGUAAAGCCUACAUUAGAGGCAAUUCAUUCACAUUAAAUAAAAGUUGUCGCUAUGGUUCUUCUCUGCAUAGAAUUGGCUGGACCCUAAUAAACAAUGUGAAAUCUCUCACCUGAAUUGCAUUAUGGGGCAUCAGUGCCUAUUACAAUUAUUAUCUCCUAUUAUAUCGUUAUUAGAUGAAAUACGAGUUGAUUUGGCUUUGUUGUUUUAUUUUCCUAAUCUGUAUGUCCCUUGCUGGGAAUAUCCAAUAGGAUUUGUUUAUUUUCAGGGGAGAUCUAUAGGCAAUUAGAGACAGAAAAGAUAAAUAUGUCAAUAGUUGUGCCAAGAAUGUGUAAUUAUAAAGAAUUGUGUAGAUUUUAGGCAAUGUAUCCCCCAGUGUAAAUAUAUCCAUUGUGGGUUUAUAAGUGAAUGUGAAAUAAAAAAAAAGACUGUAAUAAACAUAUCCAUAUAUUUAUAUCAAAUAUGGAUCAAUCUUAAUGACAUUUUCAUUUUGUUUCAUAAUAGAUCACUAUGCACUCGACAUUGGCAUGGCAGAUCCAUACUGACACCAAGGGGCAGAUUUAUUACACUAUGAAUUCGCUGCAGUUUGGGAUCAUUGGGGCAAAAAUACACAGAAUCAAAUUGUUGUUAAUAAGACUUUAAUGAACUUGAGAAAAAUAACUACAAUUCUAAAAAAAAACUAAAAC